AUGCUCCAAGAAUUCUCCAAUUACGAGAAGACCUUCAAUCAGCUCGCGAAUCAGGGAAAGAAACCGAAGUGCGCUCCCAACGAUUUCUAUCCGGAGAAGAUGAAAAAGUUCCACGCGGACCACGUGAAGUCGGUGGAAGCGGUGCGCGAGCUGGCCAAUACGGUGGACGAGCUUUACAAGGAGUUCGUCAAGAAAUACGCUUGUCCGAAGGAUUAUUUGAUUUCCAAUAUUAUCGACGAUCUGGCCACGUUCUUCGAACAACUCGCCGAGACGCGCGAAGCGGUUUUGAAGAAGCGAGAGAUCCAAGAGCAGCUUCGCAAGACCGAGGAAGCGCAGAAAGUGAUGAAGCAGCAAUUGCAGCGGAGCCGAAUGACGCCGAAGAACCAAGAGAAGGAUCUGUUCGGCGAUUUCAACGAUCUGAAAAAGACGCAGAUGACGAUGCGAGCAGGGCCUACGAAUCUAGGCAAGUCCAUUCCGCCUCUGGGAACCAUGCAUCAGCGUCCGCUUGUGCAUGUCGAUUCAUCGGGAGUCACGUUGUCUCCGCGUCCUAGUCGAUUUGGCCGAAAUACGGGAUUUGACAUUAACAAUCCGCGCGAUGUGUCGUUGAAAGGAGUGGAUUCGACCAUCAAAAUGCCAGCCAACCAGCGAAUGGAGACAAUGAAGAACGGCCAGGCGCAGCGACCGCGUGUUUCCGGCAUGUUUGUGAAUGAAGGAGCCAGCUCUGGGCAGCGAGAUUCGCUGUUAGAACAACCGGGAGUUGACCGGUUGCCGAAAGGAUUCGGAAUUAUCGAUCCGCUACCGAGCUUUAACAGUCCAGCUUCUUCACCGAAAUUUGGUCCUGUGAAACGGAUGGAUAGUCGCUAUGUGUAA